AAUAAUAAUAAUAAUAAUAAUAAUAAUAAUAAUAAUAAUAAUAAUAAUAAUAAUAAUAAUAAUAAUAAUAAUAAUAAUAAUAAUAAUAAUAAUAAUAAUAAUAAUAAUAAUAAUAAUAAUAAUAAUAAUAAUAAUAAUAAUAAUAAUAAUAAUAAUAAUAAUAAUAAUAAUAAUAAUAAUAAUAAUAAUAAUAAUAAUAAUAAUAAUAAUAAUAAUAAUAAUAAUAAUAAUAAUAAUAAUAAUAAUAAUAAUAAUAAUAAUAAUAAUAAUAAUAAUAAUAAUAAUAAUAAUAAUAAUAAUAAUAAUAAUAAUAAUAAUAAUAAUAAUAAUAAUAAUAAUAAUAAUAAUAAUAAUAAUAAUAAUAAUAAUAAUAAUAAUAAUAAUAAUAAUAAUAAUAAUAAUAAUAAUAAUAAUAAUAAUAAUAAUAAUAAUAAUAAUAAUAAUAAUAAUAAUAAUAAUAAUAAUAAUAAUAAUAAUAAUAAUAAUAAUAAUAAUAAUAAUAAUAAUAAUAAUAAUAAUAAUAAUAAUAAUAAUAAUAAUAAUAAUAAUAAUAAUAAUAAUAAUAAUAAUAAUAAUAAUAAUAAUAAUAAUAAUAAUAAUAAUAAUAAUAAUAAUAAUAAUAAUAAUAAUAAUAAUAAUAAUAAUAAUAAUAAUAAUAAUAAUAAUAAUAAUAAUAAUAAUAAUAAUAAUAAUAAUAAUAAUAAUAAUAAUAAUAAUAAUAAUAAUAAUAAUAAUAAUAAUAAUAAUAAUAAUAAUAAUAAUAAUAAUAAUAAUAAUAAUAAUAAUAAUAAUAAUAAUAAUAAUAAUAAUAAUAAUAAUAAUAAUAAUAAUAAUAAUAGUUAUAUUCUUAUCGUAAAGAUCUUCACAGAAACCUCUAAAUUCUAA